AGAUGCUGACACUCGACCGUCAGACUGUUUUCAUCCACCUCUGCGAUGUUCAAUUCAUGACUGUGACUGCGUCCCCCGGAGAGAGGCAGGGCUUCACGAGAAGGGGAGUGUGUGUUGAGCAGUGUGAGUGGACCUGUUGUGUGUGAGGAUGGUCAACAUGACGCAGGGGUGGGCUUUACUCGCCGUUGUUUACCUGUCCAUCUACCUGGCAGCCACUCAGCAUCACAGGAAAGCGCUGUAUCCAUCUGCGUAUAGAAUAAAGCGUGGGACGUAUUUGCUGAUCAACCCCACGUUCCAGCGCUCGGUGGAGGACGUCAAGCUGCUUUUUGAGAUCCUGCUGGCUGGGAUGCAGAUAGAAGGUGAACAACACUCCAUGCUGAUCCCAGAUGAGGAGCUUGCCUCCCUGAGGAGCGUGGAGAAGCUGGAGGUCAUCUGCGAGGACGUCCUGCCCAAGAGUCUCUCCGACAUCCGCCGUCUGACGGCGGGGCUCGCCCGGCGCCAGCAGCCUCUGAGCUGGCAGGACUUCGAGAGGACGGUGCUGACGCUGGUGUACACUGCUCAGACUCUGGCUCGACUCAGCAGCCAGCAGCAGAGAGAGGCGUGGACGGACGCGGUGAUCCAGCUGUUCAGGGCCGUUCAGAAGGAUCUCAGGCCCUCUUGAGGAACAAUCAGAUGUCAUUUUUAAAAAGAAAUAUAUGUAUAUUAUGUGCAAUUAUCCAAUUAGCCCUUUUUAAUGCAUAGUCUAUAUACAGAAUGUGCUGUAACACUAGGUGCUACAUUAUACUGCUUUUGGUAUACAAGAAAUGAAUGAAGUUUAAACCAUGAGCUCUGCAAAAGCUAGUGACUUAAGAUUUUCAUGCACAAGAAAACUACAUGCUUUACUGUUUUGAACUAACAGGAAAUGAUGCAGCAUAUGAACUGGAAUGCCACUUCAGA